AUGCAAUCGGAUGGGUCAGAAUCAUUGAGCCCAACAACCCAAAGGCUACAGUCUUUGUCAGCCGCUGAUACCAGAGGGAAGCAUAGGAUACAGGCCGAGUUGAAACGGCUCGAGCAAGAAGCUAGAUUCUUAGAGGAAGAGUUGGAACAACUGGAAAAGAUGGACAAGGCCUCAGCUGCAUGCAAGGAAAUACUGAACAAUGCAGAAACAAGGCCUGAUCCAUUACUCCCAGUAACACAUGGCCCUCUUAAUCCAUUCUGGGAUCGAUGGUUUGAAGGCCCCAAAGAUCCAAAAGGUUGCAGAUGCUGGAUACUAGGCUACAAUUCAGACGUAUCACAGAUUUCGAUUGUUGCUGUUAUUCAGGAAUGUUUUACUAGAUGCUUCAUUGUGCAGAUGACAAUUUAUGGCAACGCUUCCAUUCGUGUGCCUUUAAUUUAG